GUCCAAUCAUCCCGUUGUAAUGUCAACCGGAUUCCGGUAAUCACCAUUGUUCGUACCUUUUUAACCGUUUCGUAUAUAAAAUCACUUAACCUCCAACCCUUUCUUUUGCAAAUAAACCUAUAUUUCUGAGUCAUAUAUUUUUAUAUUCAUCAAGAAGCUAGCAAAGCUCAUAGGUACAAACAAGUCUGCAAUUUGAUAAGAAGAAAUAAAGGCUUGCCAUGGCUGAAGAGUUUCAAGCUAGAAUUUGCGGUGAAAACUGGUGGAGUAGUUCUAUCGAUUCAGCAAGAAGUGUAUUUCCUGUAAGCUCAUCACCUAUUGCUUCUUCUCCUUGUUCCGUGGCAGCUCAUAAUGAUGCAGGAAUCUACAGCACUCGUCAAACAGAUUUGAAGGCAACCAAGUGUUGUGUUGAAGAGACUAACAAUUUGCUUUCCAACACCUACCUGGGUUUUUCUGAUGCACACAAGUCACCCAAGACUGAAUCAGCCAGAGGAAGUGACAGCUUGUUGAUCGAUUCCACCUUACAGAUGAUGGGUUUUGGCCUCGCAUCUUCAACAUCAGACAAUUGGAAUCAACAUCUAUUAGUUCGAUGCAAUGGAAGGGCAGAGAGCAAUUUUGAUUCCAAGCUUCGGGAAGAAACGGGAAUAGAUUCUUCUAAUUCACAAAUCCGCAGGGAUUGGAACCCGAAGAGCUUCUCCUGUACUGGUGGAGGAGACCAACAAAUUGAUAAUUUCAAGCCAUUGAACCAAGAAUUUUCAGUAGAUUACCAGAAUCUAUGUUCGAUAACCAGGAAUGGGUUAUCAUCAAAUCGUGAUUUUGCAAUUGGAUCAUCCACAUAUGGUAACCCUUCAACGUUAAGAAGCUUAUAUGAACCUGAUCCUGAUCCACAAUUACCACAGCACUCACUUUUCACCAACCGUUCAAUGUCCUAUUCAUCAAAAGCAAGUUAUGGGACACCCUGCACUGAACUAACGCCAACAUGGUCUAAAGUCACUACUUUUCUGAAGCCCACAACUAUAGCAAAGCAACACCCUAUUGGACUUCACUUUUCUAACAACACCACUUUCUGGACUGCUUCCGCCGACGCACUUCACGACAUAAGAGCAGGUACCUUUGCUUCAUCACAAUCACAAUAUCAAUCGCCAACUUUCGAUCAAGAGAAACCCAAUUGCCCAAGUACUCUAUUAAACAAGCUCAACAGUGAAGAAACUCUAGAUUCAGCAACAAUGGCGAAGAAAGAUGCUUGUGAACCAGCAUUAAAGAGGCCAAGGAUUGAAACUCCGUCCCCAUUACCGACUUUUAAGGUUCGGAAAGAGAAGCUAGGGGACCGGGUCACUGCUCUUCAGCAAUUGGUUUCACCUUUCGGAAAGACCGACACCGCAUCCGUUCUUCACGAAGCCAUCGAGUACAUCAAGUUCCUUCAUGAUCAAGUCAAUGUUUUGAGUACCUCAUAUAUGAAAAACGGAGCUCCCAUCCAACCGCAGCAGGUGUGUGAUGAUCUGAAAGAGUCAGAAGGAGCACAUGAAGAUUUAAAAAGUCGAGGUCUGUGUCUGGUACCGAUUUCAAGCACAUUUCCAGUUGCAACAGAAACCAGUAGCAGUGCUGAAUUGUGGACGCCUACAUUCAGGGGCGCUCUCUUGAGGUAGGGAAGAUAAAGCCAAAGAUGCUCGGCCAGUGGAGAAUUGAUGACGUAUUGUUAACUAUUUGCAUGUGUAAGAUGAUGAAGGCACAGUGAUGAAGAGAAAAGCUGAAGAAAACAAAGGAUGAAAAGAAGGAAAAGUGAGAAAAAGAAACAAACGAAGUGACCCUUCAAAGCUCACCACCACCAGGGAAGCUGGGCCAGCCACAACCACAAUGAUGUGCUCUUGCAAAUCAUUAGUCACCACUGGAAGAGAAAAUAUAAUUUAACUUUCAUACAUAUACUUUAUCAACUGGGUCUGCUACAAGAUUAAUAUAUGGUGGGUGAGAUUAGGAUCAUAUGCUAAAUUCACCCCCAUUUCACAUUACAGUAGCUCAUUUGCUGCUGCUUCUUUCAGGGCUAAUUUAAUGUCUUUUAA